AUGCAGAAGCGGAUGCUCGUGCCCGGCGUCGCGAGCAGGUCAGACGGGCGCAAAGGUUGGCGACCACCCUUUCUCAUCAAGUCAUCUCAAGGGGUAACAAGGCUGUUUCAGCUAACCUGGACUGACAGAACUCAUCGAGAUCGGAAAGCAACAUACGUGAAGACCUUGGAAGCUGAAGUUGCCCGAUUGCGUGCGCGAGAUGCUGCCCACGAUGCCGAGAUUCAAGCCUACAAGCAGACAGUCCAUCGGCUCAAGCAGCUGAUCUCGCAUCAUAGUGGUCCUUUGCCGCCUGAUUUGGCCACAGAUCCGCUUGUGGCGACUCCUCAAGCCGUCGUUGAACUGGUCGGUCUUCCGGAUCACUCGCAAGCGAUCCGAGCUCAAAUGCCCGAAGGGUACUAUGGCGAUCUCUGUGGCAUAGCGCCCGCGCCUGCAUUGUCUUCCGAGUCCACGGUAUCUUCCACCGAUUUCCUGGCAGGCAUGAACAUCAGUGACGGCCCACGCCUGGAUCAAGCCGCCACUCUGCCUAUGAACACUACCAUCUCUGCCUCAAUGCCUCACCCUCAAGGUCUGGGGACGACACAAGUUGGCGUCGACUUCGUUCUAGCCCUCGAGCAAGUCUGUCUGUCUCAUCAUGCCCUGCACACCUGUGAUGAAGACGGCAGUGGCCAUUCCAUGAUGCUAACCAGUCCAAUCAUGUCUCGGUCUCCACCAUUGACUCAGACAACACAACCAGGAACAGGUCUCCCGGACGGCACUCGGUGGAGCGUUCCAGCCGUUGAGCUGGAAAAGUUGCUCGAGUUCUCCAACCGCCUCAACCUCACUGGAGAGAUCACACCUGUCGAGGCAUGGCAACGCAUACGGCGGCAUCCCAACUUCAUACAUAUAACAAGGGAUGGCAUUGAGACCAUCAAAGCGAACCUUGCCCCCGAGGUUCAGUGCCAGGGAUUCGGCGCCAUUAUCGACGAGACCUAUUUUGAACAGGUCGUCCAGAAGGUUCUGGGACCUCAUCCCAAAGCCUUCUAG